AUGGCGUCGUCGUCGAACUCCGGCAAGGCAGGGGUCAUCAAAGCUUCUGACGAUGCCGGCAGUAUGGACAAGCUCGCACAUGCUGUGCUCGACGAUCUACUCUACAACAUCAUGCACGACUUAUUAAUCAAGGUCCACCGGGACGAGAAGGUCGCCCGCGCUGCGACCGCCGCCAUCCGUGUCGAGAAGCUGGCUUCCGAUGCGUCAGACUCUUCCACCCCCGACGCCCGCCCCGAUGUCAAGGUCGAGACCGACGCCGCCACCUACGACGAGGGAAAGGUGCUGCUGAAGGGGAACCCGCUCGUCACGACCAAGGACAUCGUCUGCCCGAGAUGUCAUCUGCCCCGCCUACUCUAUCCCACAGACGGCAAAGGCGCGCGGAAACCCGAUCCGAGUGUCAUCUAUUGCAAGAAACAUCCGUACAUUGACAAGCCCGGCUACGACAUCUACGGACAGACAUGGGUGGCACAGGGACCCGGUAGAGGCAAGAAGAAGAAGGACAUGGAAAAGAAGCUCGAGGCUCAGUCAGAUUCGCCGGGUAAGACGCCGACGCCUGACGGAGGAGUCCCUAGUGGAGGUGCCUCUUCGCGACCACCGAAUAUGCUUCCAUUCCCGUCAGCCACCUGCAGCAAAUGCAAACGGUGCAUUCUUGUCACACGUUUGAACAAUCACAUGGGCUCAUGCAUCGGCAACAGCGGUCGCAAUGCCAGCCGCGCAGCCGCACAGAAGAUUAGCAAUGGCAACGGCAACGGCAACGGCAACGGCAAUGGGAACGGGAACGCCGACGGAACUCCACCUUCUAGUCAAAGGGGAACUCCCGCGGCCGGUUCAAGAGCGGGCAGUCCCAAGAAGAGAGAUGGUGAUGAGAUGGACGAGGAUGAUGACACUGACAACGACGCCCCCAAGAAGAAGAAGCUGAAGCCCACAGCUGCGAACGUGACUAAGAAACUGGUCAAGCAGAAGGGCAGCGCAGGCACAAAGAAGGAGAAGGUCAAGACAGGCUCUUCGCUGAUUGUCGAACACAAGCUUGAUGAUGACGCGGAAGGCUCAACGGUCGAGGUCGCCCCCAAGAAGAAGGUCUCGAAGAUCCCCAGCCCGGCUAAGAAGCUGAAGCUGGGGGUUUCGAAGCCGCUCAUAUCGUCGCCCAUGUCUAAGAACAACGGGAAGACCACAGCAGCCGGUGGUGGCAGCAAUGCAGGAGGAGACGAUGGCGAGUCUGAGAGCUCCGGAACGUUAUCCUCGCCGCCUAUUGCAUGA